UCGAUAUGGCAAAGUCUCUGAUAAUCAACAGAGCUCUUCUUGUCUUCACGAUAAAUUUGCUCGGCCUUUUAGUUCAGCCGAGCUCAGCCCAACUCCGUCAAAACUACUACGCCAACAUCUGCCCUAACGUGGAAAGCAUUGUCCGAAACGCCGUCACAGCAAAGCUCCAGCAGACCACCGUCACCGUCCCCGGCACCCUUCGCCUCUUCUUCCAUGACUGCUUUGUCAACGGUUGCGACGCGUCGGUGAUUGUGGCGUCGACGGCGAGCAACACGGCGGAGAAGGACAACUCCAUCAACCUCUCCCUCGCCGGCGACGGCUUCGACACCGUGAUAAAGGCGAAGGCUGCUGUGGAUGCCGUCGAGCAGUGCCGCAACAAGGUCUCCUGUGCUGAUAUCCUCGCCAUGGCUGCCCGCGACGUCAUCUCCCUGUCCGGCGGACCAUCGUAUGCGGUGGAGCUGGGAAGGCUGGACGGGCUUAGCUCAACGUCGGCGAGCGUGGACGGUAAGCUGCCUCUGCCGACAUUCAACCUUAACCAGCUCACAGCCAUCUUUGCGGCGAAUGGGAUAUCUCAAACGGACAUGAUCGCGUUAUCAGCGGCCCACACAGUUGGUUUCUCACACUGCGAUAAGUUUUCAAAUCGGAUCUACGAUUUCGGGGGCAAGGCCGGUUCGAUCGACCCAAGCUUGAACCGAACAUAUGCAACACAGCUGCAGAUCCAGUGCCCACGCAAUGUAGAUCCAACCAUUGCUGUUCCGUUGGACCCAGUCAGCCCACGGGUCUUUGAUAACCAAUAUUAUCUAAAUUUGCAGCAAAGAAUGGGCCUUUUGAGCUCCGACCAAGUUCUUGCCGAGGACACCCGCAGCAGGCCUACAAUUAAUAAUUGGGCUGCAAACUCGGUUGCCUUCAAUCAGGCCUUUGUGGCCGCCAUAACCAAUCUGGGCCGUGUCGGUGUAAAGACCAACCCAUCGGAAGGCAAUAUUCGUCGGGAUUGCACCGUGCUCAAUUAAUUUGCACGAACCGCCGUGAGAGUUUGUUUUUAUAAUUGCGCCAUGCUUAAUUAUAAAA